AUGAAACCACCCAAGCUUCGUAGGCAUCUUGAAACAAAACAUAAUGAAUACAGUAGCAAAUCUGUUGAAGUGUUACAAACUAAAAAACGUGAAAUGCGUAGAAAACAAACAUUAUUAGAAAAAAUAGCAACUGGUUUCAUUAAUGAAAAAGCUACAUUUGCUUCAUGUGAGGUAUCUCUUUUGACAGCAAAGACUGGAAGUCCACGUACUAUUGGAGAGGAACUACUUUUACCAGCUACAAAAGUAACGUCAGGUACAAUGCAUAGAAAUAAAGCAGCAAAAUAUCUAAAUUUGAUUUCACUAUCAAACAACACUGUUAAACGUAGAAUUGAAGAAAUGGCAGAGAAUGUUAAAAGUCAAUUAAUUAUAAGAGGACGCCAAAGCCAAUAUUAUUCUCUGCAGUUGGAUGAAAGUACAGACGUUGCUAAUCAUGCUGAAUUGAUUGCAUUCAUUCGGUACGAUUUCGGAGGAAAAAUCUAUGAAGAUCGGUUAUUUUGCUACUCCUUGCCAACCAAUGCUACAUAUGAGGCUAUAUUUAACGGUUUGGACAGCUUUUAA